UAGUCGGUAAGGUGGCUAAUCGUGGGGCGGCGUUGAUCGGUCAGCUGCUCGUGAUGUUCAGCAUGCGUUGCUUACGACCGAGCACCGCCUAACUCUUUGCCUAUUGGGAUAUCAAUUAGAGCGAAUCCACUAAUUUGUAGCGGUUUCUCUAGUCGCAGGCCGUCUUGUCAGCCGAGCCCGCGUGCCAUGUUGUAGCCGCCGUUAUCAAUUGGUUAACUGCAACGAAAAAAAAAGCUUCGUCGGGAAGGGCGGGAUAACUACUCGGCCACCAUGAUCCACAGCGUUUUCGUCAUAAAUGGCUCUGGGGAUGUCUUCAUGGAGAAGCACUGGAAGAGUGUCAUCCAUCGGUCGGUGUGCGACUACUUCUUCGACGUGCAAAAGAAGGCUGCCAGCCCGGAGGAUAUCCCGCCUGUCAUCUCGGCCCCGCAUCACUACCUCAUCAACAUCUACCGCAACAAGAUGUUCUUUGUAGCCGUCACCAUGUCCGAGGUGCCACCGCUGUUUGUGAUCGAAUUCCUGCAUCGUGUGGUGGAUACGUUCGUGGACUACUUCAGCGAUUGCACAGAGUUCCUUAUUAAGGAGCAUUAUGUGGUUGUUUAUGAGCUUCUGGAUGAAAUGCUGGACAAUGGCUUCCCGCUCGCGACGGAGUCCAACAUCCUGAAGGAGCUGAUCAAGCCACCAAACAUCCUGAGAACCCUCGCCAACACUGUCACAGGUCGGACAAACCUAAGCAGCACCCUGCCCACUGGCCAGCUGUCAAACGUCCCGUGGCGUCGUACGGGGGUCAAGUACGCCAACAAUGAGGCCUACUUCGAUGUGGUCGAAGAGGUGGAUGCCAUUAUUGACAAGAGUGGUUCCGUCAUCUCUGCUGAGAUCCAGGGAUAUGUGGACUGCUGCAUCAAGCUGAGCGGAAUGCCCGACCUCAGUUUGACCUUUGUCAACCCACGCCUCUUUGACGAUGUCAGCUUUCACCCUUGCGUUCGUUUCAGACGUUGGGAGUCUGAACGGGUGCUCUCCUUCGUGCCUCCAGAUGGCAACUUCAGGCUCAUGUCUUACCACAUAGGAUCCCAGAGUGUGGUGGCUGUUCCAGUGUACGUCCGACACCAGAUCAGCUUCCGGGAAGCAGGUGGUGGCCGACUAGACAUUAGCAUUGGACCCAAGCAGACAAUGGGAAAAACUGUCGAUGAAGUGGUCUUGGAAGUGCCCUUGUGCAAAACAGUGCUGAACGUGACCCUGACUGCAAGCCAGGGUAAGCACAGCUUCGACCCAGUCUCCAAGAACCUCAUCUGGGAAGUGGGGCGUAUCGAGCCGGGGCGGCUGCCCAACCUUCGUGGAUCAAUGGCUCUGCAGGCUGGUGCUCCGCCCCCUGAUGCAAACCCGACGAUUACGGUGCGUUUCACUAUCAACCCCCUGGCAGUGUCUGGCCUCAAGGUCAACCGGCUAGACAUGUAUGGAGAGAAAUACAAGCCCUUCAAGGGUGUCAAGUAUGUCACGAAAGCUGGGAGGUUCCAAGUGAGAACGUGAAAACAAGUCCAACCUUGAUUGAAGUGAAAGUUCUUCUCAGACUGGGCACCGUUCACGUUUCAUUGAACUUCCUGAACAGCCCACGAAAAAGGAAAUCUGCGCAGUGUGUGAUCUUAUCACUUGUGUGUGAUGCUCGGUUCGCUCGAAGAAAAUGAAAGGAUAGGAUUUGCAGCAUUCUUCUGUCGAGUGCAUUCCAGGUGAAGGGUAGGAAAAGUGUGACAUCCUGCUUGAAGAAAGUUUUUUUUGCGAAACCUUUUACAGUGGGAAAGCUGGACCUUUAAUCAGUCAGAGGCUGCCUGGUUUGAUUUUUUAAAAGUUGCCAUCUAGCUUUUCAAGAAAAUGCCAGCUUCUUGCCUCGAAGUGUUAUAUAAGCUCCAUCCCAUGUGUCAUUAUUUUAGGACUUCUUGUUGAGAUAUGCAUUGGACUUGCAGAGUCAGGCAAGCAAUCUAUAUUCAUAGUAAGAACUUCUUAAGAUAGAAAAAUGUGUGGAUGCCAUCCUGAAUGUGUGGCAGUCAUAACUGCUUUUGUAGUGUAGUCCAUCUGGCGGAAAUGCAGACUUUUAUUUGGGAACAAAUAGUUUAGUGUAAAAAAAAUGGUCUUUGCGCUGAUGCAUUUUUUUCUUUACAUGUGUAGGCAUUUUAAAACUAUAGAGACUGGCUAUGUACAGCCUGUUGAUCAGCAUUCUCCAGGGAUAGUGUUAUGUGUGGUGGAUGAUUCAGUAGUUAGUGCAUCCAGCAGUGUUCUUGUAAGUGAAGUUAAGCACUGCAAAAGCUGCAAAAUAUUGACACUUGGAUGUUUGAGGUGUUUGUUCAUUAUAAACUCGUUAUUUUCUUUACUUUUGUGAAGUCAUAGAAGAACGUGCUUCUUAUGUACAGGCAAGGUAAAAAGUUUACAGGAUGCAUGUUCCCCGAAUUCGGGCCAAUUUUAGCACGUGGCCAUCCUGGUUGCAUAGCACUAGCCUGGAUAGGUUUUUUAAGUUAAACAAGUCGUAUAAAACUUGUGCAAUGAAGACUGAAUGUACGUCUUAUGUUGCACACACAUUUUAUAGAUCAGAUGGCACAACACAAAGCCAAUAACCAUGACCAUCAGAGACAUACCAGAACUGGAGCAAUGCAAGCAUAGUGGCUAAGAUGAUCCACUGGUAAGCAGGUGGUGUGUUACAUAAAUCCAAAGCAGUGAUGCGGGUGCUCUAGUUGGUGCUAAAGCUGUAGGCUAUGAACAGGAGCCAUGGUCCAAAUGGCUGCCUUUCUCUCCCAGUAAGCGGCUCUUUUUUCUCUUGUUGCACAGGCGUGCUUUUCUGCAUCAUCGUUGUUCGUCGUCAGGGAAGGUUGAGGGCAUCGCAAUAUAGUAGUGCAUGAGCGUAGUUAUGGUUUUAUUUCAUAUUUCACAGGCUUUCUUUAAACAGCUAAAAAAUUGCCGUGCAACAUGCACGUUGACACAAAAAAAUUUGAUUAUUCGUUUCUGGAUCCUUUCUACAAUGCUACGAAAUGCACUUGGCCUUAAUUUGAAUGUUCAAAAUUUUGCAUACUUGAUAACAAAUCAAGCGGAAUAUAAAAAACAUUCUAAGGAGCGCCACAUAGUGGCAAACCAUCGGUGGUUAAUCACUUUUUUGAAAGUGCUUGGUACAAAUUGCUGGAAACGCUCUGUAUAUUAUAACGCUGUGCAUCACCGCUACCUACCUUCAGCACAAGAUUGUGGACCCAACACCAUGCUUCACUGGAAACUUGUUGCUUUUAUUUAUUUUGGGACAGGCAUCGAAGGCAGCCAAGAGGGGGUGAUGCCAUCUAAUGUGGGACUCUGCCUAUAGGUCAGAGUGACAGUCCUUCCAAGUUUUUAACGAGAUCAGCUGCACGAGAGUGUUGGAUCAUAAAACUAGCAUAAUAAAAGCCAGCAGGCGUCACUGCAAAAGAGUGGCGCACAAAGUAUUCAGCGUUUUUUUCUCGGGUUGUGCAUCCUCUCAACUUUUGACCCUGCUUGUAUAUGGAUUUGUGCAGCUGCAUCUGUAACGCAGAUUCUUAAUUUUGUUAAUUCAAAUUGUAUUUGACAUUUUAUGUCCUAAAGGUAAUUGAGAAUGACUCAUUUUUGUGGUACUUUGUACAACUGUCAGAUACUAUACUCUAAUGUGGCAUUUGUGUUGACGAUUUCUUGUAAACAUGUUUCUUAACACUGCGUUAUGUUUUGAAGAGAAUGGCAGUUGGUAGCCUGCCAGCUUCCACUCUCACUGGACUGUCACGCGACUUCUAUUCCAAGCAGCUGUUAAGUGAUUGCGGUUUCCUUAAUAAUAUUCAUGCUGCAUUGGAUGAAAAGUGUAUUAACUGCAUUGAGUUUGUGGGCGUAUUCGAACUUUGUGCCUUUGUAUUUUCAGUCACUGAAUUAUGCCGUAUAUAAAUUGUAGUGCCUCUCAACUUGUUAAGUCGGUGUCAUGGAAUCUUUGUGACAAUAUUCAACGCUGUGGCAAAUCUUCCACUGUACUUUCUCAUUUCCAGACCACCAUGCACGGCACACUGGUAGUACUAGAUAAACAUAUCAAUGGGUCUGUACAAUUCAUUCUUAUCGUUUUCAGUUGUGUGAAUAUAUAAGUAAAUAUAGAAGUAAAGACAAUGAACAAGGUGCUGGAUUAUUUUAUUCUUCCAACGGACAAACUCUCCAGAAAAAAAAAGUCAAGCCUGCUUCCACAGUUCUUGCUUAAUUUUUUUCCAAAUUCAAGGGACUUUUUCUCCAUCUUAACCCUUUCAGGGUCAAUGACAUACAUGUACGUCAUCGCUUGCAUGUUUAAAAGGCGCACCUUUUUCAAUCUUUUCUCUUCCUUGGCAUGUGCUGCCACAUUGCGGGAAUGCGUGGAUUAUUUUUCUAGUAUAGAUGUCUCUCCGGGUUUUUUUUUUCCUAUGCUUUACUACAGUGGUGCGCCUGCCUAUGCCACGUUGUUUAAUUUCCAAUCUUGUCUGAUCUCAUGCACAAGACCGCAUUGCCGAACGUCAAACCUGGGACCAUUACCCCUUUCCAAAUCCCUCUCACGUCAUACCUAUUGUAGUUCCACAGUGCCCUAUUUUUCAUUACAGCUGCAUUCCUGUUGCCCUUAGUCAUUACGUAUCUUUCGUGCUCCCUUACGUACUCAGCCCCGUUGUUUAUCCAUGCGCCCAGAUAUUUGUAUUUAUCCACUAUCGCCAGCGUGACUUCCUGUGUCUUAUGCUCACUGCCUUCAUUAUCAUUAAGAAUCAUGAUUGCCGAUUUUUCCCUACUGAACUUCAAAUUUAACCUAUCUCCCUCAUUACCGCAGAUGUCUAUCAAUCCGUCUCUCGAAACUGUGACACCACCUAGCGCCAUGUCAAGAUGCUAACACAAAUAAAUUGUUGAAGUAAUCGCGUUCUUCAGUUUAAAGCUUUGAAAAACAAUGUCUGACAAUAUUAGUGUUCAGCUAGGGAAAGAAGGAUUCACACCAGCGGAACUCCUCAUGGGAAAACGCCUAAGAACUGACGUGCCUGUGGCACCACACGUGCUGGAGCCACGGUGGAGCACCGUAGAAUUUACGAAACGAAACGAAGCCUACAAGGUCAAGCAGGGCCAACAAUAUAACCGGUGACAUAGGACCUUGGCAAGAGAUCCCAUUCAACCGCAGACAGCCGUCCGCAUUCUGUCUGGUGCUCCAACAACAGGGACCGUCAUUGGGCCAGCUCACACGCUUCGUUCGUAUGUAGUGAGCACACCUGGAGGUCUCACAAGACGCACCAGCAAACAUCUCCAGCCGCUACAACCUGUGGCGACAACAAGUGGACGAACCGUGAGAGCUCCAAGUCGGCUUGACCUGUGACAAGAGCAGGAGGGCCACUUCAAAGAAGAGGUGUCGCGGGCGCAGCCACCAGGAGAUGCGCUAUGUGUACCGCAUCACGUGACGAGCGGAAGAUCAGGCGGGAAGACGUUGCCUGGGACGAACGUGUGCGAUCGUGCCUAUUGAGCUAACAUGUAGCCGCGCGAGACCGCGUGCUUUAAUCCUUAAGUCAUUAAACAGUUGUCGUUA